CACUCCAAACCAGAAUUCUUCUUCUUAUUCUCUCUCUUAUAGAACUCCAACUUAGAGGAGACAAUGAAGUUUUCUUGCUCAAAACCAGUGUUGUUCACUUGUGCAAUCCUUCUCUUGCUCAUUGUUGCUCAAGAAAACAGAGUUGUUGCAGGACAGUCAUGUGACCCUAUGCAGCUUAUCCCAUGCGAGGAGGCCAUACUGAAAGGCUCUAAGCCGUCGGAUACAUGUUGCACCAGGCUGAACCAGCAACAACACUGUGUCUGCCAGUACAUGAAGAACCCCAAUUUCAAAUCUUUCCUCGACUCACCAAAUGCUAAAAAAAUCGCCACUGAUUGUCAUUGUCCUAAACCCAAGUGCUAGUCUAUCUUCAUCUUCAGUCUUUUGUUUUCCAUGCUUUAUUGGAUUUGCUGUCCUUUUGUGUCAAGUUUGAUACCCAUAAUGUUUUAAUGGUUUUCUUCAUGGUUCCUACUUUGAUUAAUGAUUUUUCUGCAAGUGUUCGUCUUCAAAAAAUCUCGCUUUCUGUGACAUAAAUCUCAGAUUUACUAAUAAAUAUUUGGCUGAUAAUUCAA